AUGCAAUCCUGCGACAUCUGCCGCAAACGCAAAGUGAAAUGCGACCGGCGCACGCCCUGCGCGCGGUGCCGACGCCUCCGGCAGAACUGCACAUACACCGAUAUCCUGCGCAAGAAGGGGCCCAAGUUCGUGCAUAGCUAUCCGAGCAUCUACACCGGUGCGAGUGUGCAGAGUGGCACGUCUGCUGCGGCUGCGGCGGCCUCACAUGCGUCGCUGACGGGGUCGUUGUCGGGCUCGCUUUCUGGAUCAGGGUCGGGAUCUGGUUCGAGCUCGAGUUUGCCGGGGCUGGCGAUGGCGAUGACGGGGUCGAUGACGGGGUCGAGUGAGACGUUGCCUUUGCCGAUACCGGUUCCGCGGUUGAUGGGUGGGGAUAUGGGGAUUGAUAUGAUGGGGAUGGGGGGGUUCGUUGGUGCUCAUGCUCAUGCUCAUGCCAGUGCAGAUGCGAGUAUGCAUGGGAUGGUUGAGUCGGGAAGUGGGACGGGGACGGGGACGGCGUCAGAGGGGGACGAAGAGCUCGAUUUGGAUCUGGACUUCGACUUUGAGGAGAUCUCUCAAGCUCAGGAGCAGCAGGUUCAGUUUCAACGAGUCGUGGAUCCGGGUACGAGGAUGGGCGUUGGUCUGGGCGUGGCGUCUGGAUCCUCGAGCAGGAUGGACAUGGAUGUGGAGAUGGCUGUGGAUAUGGAUGAGAGCGUGUCUUUGUACAUUAAGAGGCUGCACCCUCUUAUGCCGGUCAUCGAUCUGCGCGAGAUCCGAAGAUUGCUGCGGUUUGGCGAGGGCAGUCGGAGCCAGAGGUAUGGUUAUGGCUAUGAUUUGACCCAAUACGCGUUGGUCUGUUCGUUAUGUGCUGCAACGCAUGCGCAUUUGAUAUCUUCAGCGAGUCGGAGCCUGGACUCCUCGCCUGCACGGAAUGGCCAUCUUGGACAUGAACAGGCUUGCCAGAGAUACCUGCAAUCAGCCCUCCAAGCCCGGGCACAGAGUGAUUAUCCGCUUGUUAAUAUCGACUCCCAGCAAGCGGAGUACAGAAACGACAGAGAUAAGCCAAUUUCUCGCGACAAGAUACUUACCUCCUUUUUCCUCUUCACGGCGUACUGGAAUCUCCAUCAGGAGCGCCACGCAUGGUGGUACCUCCGGGAAUGCAUCGCACUACUCUUGUCAGCACGUCUACACCGCGAAGACGAGUAUCGAAAGAUCGAGAUGUAUGAGGCAGAACGAAGGCGUCUAGUAUUCUGGGGUGUGUUUGUUGCGGAGCGAACAUUCUGUCUCGUCCACAACAAACCAAUCACGCUGCGGCCAUGGAUCGCCCUUCCUGGCUUGCCAAGUCCCCUGGAAGAGGAGGAGAGAAUCGACGCCAUCCCCAGCUUCGUGGGUCUGGUGACCCUUUUCGUCGGGUUGGCCGUUGAUUUGACGGGGUGCUGGACGGCGGCUGGGUUUGUGACACCUAUUUCUCUAGAUCUGGGUCCCAAUGUCGCCACUACAACCGCUGCUACCGCUCCUACCUCAGGAGCAAUGGCACAUGGUCAAGAUUAUGACGACAUGGGUGUUGGCAAAGAGACAGGAGUAGGGAUGUCCAUGCAACGACUCAACCAUGCAAUCACGAGGGAAUGGCUGCGAGCGAAGGUGUGGAAACUGGGAAUCCCUGGCCCACAGCAAGCUUCCCCACCGCGAGAGUUUGUGGCGUUCACUGGAAAAGGAAAUGGACAGGGCCAAUGGCGACUGGAAGAGCCGGUCCUGAUUGGGGAGGCUAUACUGGGUGAUUUGCGGAGGGCGGGGGCCGAGGACGUCUUGCGGGAUCACUGGAGCGGGACCCUGGAUCAGAAGCUGUGCGACAUCUGCGAGUGCCUGUGCGACAUCCGUCCGGUCAUGCAGACCAGAGCGGUUGGUGCUGGCGACGUCAAGGUCGAUGUCGAUCAGGUCCUUCGAGGCCUGCUGCGGGUUCUGGCUCGGCUUGGGGGGCGUAGUGCUUACCUGUUGGCCUCGAGUGUCGGAGAUUAA